AUGGUUAACGAGCUCGAUUGGUGGACUGCCGUGGAGAAUAGCAAUGUGCCCAUGCUUCUGGGAAUAGUAUCUGUUUACGCCGGCUGCCGCAAUCAUGUUGGUCAGACUGCGUUGCACAUGGCUGUCCAGAUGCAGAGCGUCGCCAUGAUCCAGGUCCUGGCUGCGCACGAACAUUCACUCCUGACUCCCGACGGCCGCACCGCGCUUAUGUUAGCGAUUGAGGGGAAGUACCUCGAGGGUAUCGAUCUCCUUGUGCCGUAUGAAGCUGAGUAUAUAACGCCUCUGGGAACCACUGCGCUGAUGUAUGCUGCACAGGUAGGAUACGUCCCAGCUGUGGAGAGACUCCUUGGGUAUAACCUGGGCCUCGUUGAUAGCUCAAAUCGCACCGCACUUAUCUAUGCUGUGGAGCACAAGAACACGGAAGCAAUGAAGUUGAUCCUGUCCAAGGGAGGAGCAUCGUUCAUGGCGGAUGCUAGGUCUGCGCUGGACAUUGCAAAGAGCACAAACCAAGACCUUGCUGCCAGGAUAUUGACCGAUUAUAUUUCCAAGCAUGAGUAUCUCGGGCAGGAAGUCGAUCAGGGACCACUUGUGCCCAACUCUGGAGACACUACUAAUAGUCUCAAUCGUAUUACCGGUGUUAUGGAAGAUCUUGAUGAAGUGAAGAGCAUUCUUAGCGCAAUUCAGAAAUCUGCCAAUCCUAUCGAUGUAGAGGCAGUGCUAGCAGAGGAGCGACGUCUUUCUAGUACUAGCCCAGAUAAGGGUAGCAUGAACACAACGAGCCCUCUUACAAAUAGUUUUAGAUACAAAGCAGAUAUUGUGUCUCCCGUGCGUGGCACGUCCCAAAAUAACAAUGACAGUUCUUCUCUUUAUCCUGCGCCCAACGGUGGCAACGAUGGCCUAGAUUCCAUAAUGCGUAUCAACCCAAUAGAAACUGAGAUUAACACGCUCAAAGCCAGUUUCCGGUCUAUCGGCAAUACUGGCAAGCCAUAUGUAACAAAGUCAGGCAAGCUCAUUAGCACACCUUCGUCUGAACUAAACUCGGCUGCUAACACUCCUACUGGCCCUGGGAUAACUGACACCAGACGGAUGAGGGGUGCUAGGGAGUCGACGGUAGGGAAACAGUCGGGCAUUACUUCUUCUUUUACUCAGAGCAAGCUUGCUAGCACUACUCGUGGAGUGACGAGCAUCACUGCAUCGAAGCGCGCAUUUUCAAUCGCCCGCCAAAGGCGCCCACUGUGUUUCGGGGAGGAUAAUCUCGGAAAAGCCUCCGUUGUCUCCGGUAUAGAUCUAAACGCUACUAAGAAUCACUCUUCAACGAUGAAACUGGACAAUAAUGACCACACUGCCCUUAUGGAAGCGGCACGCCUCGGAAACGUUUCUCGCGUUAAGGAACUUAUCAAAUCGGAAUCGGGAAGGCAAAAUAAAGAUGGCUAUAGUGCCCUGAUGUAUGCCAGUAUAAUGGACCAGCUAGAAUGUGCACAAAUCCUGAUUCCUUACGAGGUUGGCUUGACUACUGACAACGGUUGGACAUCGCUCAUGCUUGCAGCAGAAAUGGGAAACAUCCGCUUGGUCAACGAGCUUUUGCCUCACGAGGCCUGCUAUCAGGACCACGAUGGGUAUACUGCCCUUAUGAUAGCUGCCGAAGAGGGACAUGGAGACGUGGUAAAGCUCCUCAUUUCAAAGGAGGCGGGUAUGAAUGAUAACCAGGGUGGCUCUGCACUUAUGAGGGCCGCGUCCAACGGGCACUCCAACAUUGUCGCACUAUUGGUGCCCCACGAAGGUGGGAUGCAACGUAAAGACGGAUACACCGCCCUCAUGAGUGCUGCGUACCAUGGACAUCUGGCUUCUGCUGAGCUAUUGGUUCCUGAAGAGGCUGGAAUGACAAUGGGUGACGGCUGGACGGCCUUGAUGUGUGCUGCACAGAAUGGGCACUUAGGUGUUGUCCGAUGUCUAGGUUCUGAGGAAGGAAUGAAGACUAUCUCUGGCUGGUGCGCCGUUAUGAGCGCCGCAAGCAACAACCACCGCAAAGUGGUCGAUCUGUUAGUCAAUGAGGUCCCUAUAAAAGAUAAGUCGGGAAAUGACGCACGCACCUAUGCUAAGCUAAAUGGUCACGACGCACUCUUUGAUUACAUGUCCGGGUAUGAAAGAAGAAGGUAA